UCCCUCGCAUGGAAGCCGCGCCCCGCCCGCAGCAACCGCAGCCUCCGCGGCGCCGGCGCCGGCACCCGCACCCGCGCCACUAGAUGCGCCGCCCCUUCGCCGCCGCCGCGGCACUCCGCCUCCGCCUCCGCGCACUCUCCUCCUCCUCCUCCUCGUCUUCCUCUUCCUCCUUUCCCCGCCUCCCCUCCUCGCCCUACCCUCUCCACCACCUCCUCACCUCCCGCCGCGGCGACGGCGGCGGCGACGACGACCGCGGCCGGGAGCGCCACCCGUCGCCUCCUCCUCCUCCUCACCCCCGCCCGCUCUACGGUGUCCUAGGACUACGCGGGUGGCGGACGCUCCCCCCGGCCGCGUCCCCGCCCCGGGGCACCGUCGCCGACGCGCCUCCCGUGCGGCUCACGCUCUCCCGCAGUUAUUCUCUGCGUGUCGCCAAGGGGAAGAAGAAGGCGCACUUUGACGACGAGCACAGCCAUCGAGCAGUUAAUACAGCACUGUGGUGUAAUUUUCUUGUCUUUUCGUUGAAGUUUGGUGUAUGGCUCUCAACAUCUAGUCAUGUUAUGCUAGCAGAGCUCGUGCAUUCAAUUGCCGACUUUGCGAACCAGGCUCUUCUUGCAUAUGGCUUAAGCAGCUCAAGACGUGCUCCAGAUGCUCUACACCCCUAUGGUUAUUCAAAAGAAAGAUUUGUAUGGUCCUUGAUAUCUGCAGUUGGCAUAUUUUGCUUGGGUUCAGGUGCUACCAUUGUGCAUGGAGUUCAGAAUUUAUGGAAUUCUCAACCUCCUGAGAACAUCCACUAUGCUGCAUUAGUGAUUGGUGGGUCCUUCCUAAUUGAAGGUGCUUCACUUCUGGUUGCUAUAAAGGCUGUUAAAAAGGGUGCAGAAGCUGAAGGAAUGAGCAUCUGGGACUACAUAUGGCGUGGUCAUGACCCAACUUCAGUUGCUGUCAUGACUGAAGAUGGUGCUGCUGUUACAGGUCUUGCAAUUGCUGCAGCAUCUUUGGUGGCUGUUCAAACCACAGGAAAUGCUAUGUAUGAUCCAAUUGGCUCCAUCAUUGUUGGUAACUUACUGGGAAUGGUUGCUAUUUUUCUCAUUCAGAGGAACAGACAUGCUUUAAUUGGCAGGGCUAUUGAUGAUCAUGACAUGCAGCGUGUUCUUGAGUUUCUGAAGUCUGAUCCGGUUGUAGAUGCUCUUUAUGAUUGCAAAAGUGAGGUGAUUGGACCAGGAUUCUUUAGAUUCAAAGCUGAAAUCGAUUUCAACGGAGUUGUCCUGGUGCAGAAUUAUUUGGAAAGAACUGGGCGAGGAGAAUGGGCAAAACAGUUCCGGGAGGCUUCACUGUCUGAGGAUGAUUCAGAGUUGAUAAGGGUCAUGUCUAACUAUGGUGAGGAUGUAGUCGAAGCUCUUGGGUAUGAGGUGGAUCGGCUGGAGUCAGAGAUCCAAAAGAUUGUGCCUGGGAUUAGACAUGUCGACAUUGAAGCACACAACCCAGAAGGGCUCUCUCUUUAGAGUAACAAUUUUGUAGAUUGUGGAUCUAUUCUCCAUUCGAUUGAUCACACACUUGCUGUCAAUGCCCCCAUGAUAUUUUUUUUCCAUAACCUGGACAUUUAUCCCGAGCGAUUUCGCUGUUGUUGGCUUGUUGCCAUGUAAGAAUGAAAAGUUUAUAAAUUAGCUGCAGAGAGAAAGUAUGAAUGCCA